AUGGGAGAUCUCAGGAAUCUCGAUAAGGCAAACGAAGAACUCGGAUUAGCAUUCGAUGAGAGCGAUAUAUGCUACUACAAGGAUUUAUUUCUGAAUAAGCUUAACAGAAAUCCGACGGACGUUGAGUUAUUUGAUUUGGCGCAGUCGAACUCGGAACACUCUCGUCAUUGGUUCUUUCGUGGGCGUUUGUACGUGGACGGCGAAGAGCGGAAGGCUUCUUUAAUGGACUCCAUCCGAGCCACCCAAAAUUAUUCCAAUCAGAAUAAUGUCAUCGCUUUCAACGACAAUUCAAGUGCAAUUCGUGGCUUUGACUCUGUUCUUCUUUUUCCUUCUAAUCCGACGACCACGUCGGCGAUGCACCUGCGUAGAGUGCGCCGACACAUCACCUACUCGGCUGAAACUCAUAAUUUUCCUACGGCGAUAUGUCCUUUCCAGGGAGCUACGACUGGCACUGGUGGACGUAUACGUGAUACUCAUGCCACUGGGCGAGGUUCACAUGAAAUCGCCGGCGUUGCUGGCUACUCGUUUGGAAAUUUGCAUCUUCCAGAUUAUCGUAUGCCGUGGGAAGAUGAGGAUGAGUAUCCAUUUGCAUUCAGUCAUCCAAACAAUGCAUCAAAUGGCGCAUCGGAUUACGGUAACAAAUUUGGUGAGCCUGUAGUGUGCGGAUUUGCACGUUCUUUUGGACAACGUUUGGUGAAUGGUGCACGGUACGAGUAUGUUAAGCCGAUCAUGUUUUCUGGUGGAAUUGGUGCUAUCGAUGACGAUCAAACCUCGAAGUUGAGCGGUCAUCAUGGAACUCUGCUGGCAAAAAUCGGUGGUCCAGUCUAUCGCGUUGGCGUCGGUGGUGGAGCUGCUUCCUCACAUUUUGUACAAGGCUCUCGUGAGUCCGUUCUGGACUUCUGUGCAGUGCAGCGCGGCGAUGCCGAGAUGGGACAGAAGCUGCACCGAGUCGUUCGGGCGUGCGCUGAGAUGGGAGACGCGAAUCCGAUACUAUCAAUCCACGACCAAGGAGCUGGCGGUAACGGUAAUGUUCUGAAAGAACUUGUUGAAAGUGGAGGCGGAGCAAUGAUUAACGCUUCAAGCUUCGAGCUUGGUGAUGACACGAUUUCGGCGCGUGAACUAUGGACAGCUGAGUACCAGGAGAACGAUGCUUGUCUGGUGGAGGCUAGUGGUAUAUCGAAAAUGAUGGAAAUCUCCCAAAGAGAAAAAUGUACUGUAUCGAUAGUAGGUACAGUAACGAAAGACAGCAGGGUCGUUUUAACCAAUUUCGACGAUGAUAUGGAUGAUCGAACACCAGUUGAUCUCGAUUUGAGAGCGUUGGGUAACCGAGCGAAGAAGGUAUUCCAUCUAAGGUCGUUACAAAUGCCAUUGAGCCCACUUGAACUUCCUGCACGAUUGACAGUGAGACAAGCGCUCGAAAUGGUUCUUCGACUGCCUUCAGUAGCCAGUAAAAGCUACUUGUUUAGGUAUUUGACAUGUAAAGUGGAUCGCUCAGUGACCGGUCUGAUCGCCCGUCAACAAUGCGUCGGACCGCUUCACACCCCGCUUGCGGAUGUUGCAGUUGUUGCACUGUCCUACUUCGAUAAGGUACGUGCUGUCUGUGUCUACCCGAUUAUAUUCGUGAGUGAUUAUAAUGAAAUGAGAAGAUUAAAACGAAAACAACAAGGCUUCUGGCGUAGAUCGCCACUUUAG